AUGGCGGCAGUGCGUUCAUUACGGACUAGUGGUAUUUUUCUAUUGUUAUUUUUAAUAACAAAAACGAACGCGGUGUCCGCGCCAUGGAUAUUUUCGGUAGAAGUUAAUGACAAAACGUGUUCCGAAUUGAAAUGUGUUUACAAUUUGAAUGUGAACGGGUUGGAUUUCGAUGAGUGGUCGUUAACCUAUGAGCCGGCGGUGCGCGGUGCGGAAUGUGGGGGGCGAUUUCUCGAAGAAAAGCUGACUAAAAACGUGGAAAUUGUAGUACCUGUUGCAAAAAAGUUGUUUUUCUGUGCGAAGGGUUCGAAAGGCGUGUGGUUCCAUCAAGGCGAAAGCUUAUUUUUGGAGGCGAAUGACGUCAUCGGGGCGAACGCACAGUCCGAACGGUUAUCAGAACUUGAAAGCGACGUCGACAAUGAAGUCGAUAUUGACGGCAUACAAGGUGGAAAGAUGACAGACGAAUGGGUGAUUAACCCUGACGAUGAACGAUCGGAUGGAGAUUACGUGAAGUAUCUCAAUGACUUAAAGGUUAAUAAGAAUGGAGAGGAAAUGAGUGACGUCAUCAUCGAGACAUUCUCAUAUCUACCUAACAAAAGACUGGAGAAAAUAGAAGAAAUCAUACCGGAAGAUUUCGAGGAAGGAGAUGAGAGUCAGAUAAGGGUUAGACGCCAAGUGAAUGAGACCGCAGAAGAAGUAAAAAAUUCCACUGAUUCAGUUAUCGGUCUGGGUGAAAAACCUGUUACCGUUUCCAAUAUUACAUUGAAGGUGCUAGGUUUGAGAGUGGAGGAAUCGCAGAAGGAACCGAAAAUCGUUGACGAGGUGAUACCGAGCGUGCUCCGGGACACAACGUUCACUCUCAGGUUGUUCGGGGAGGGCUUCACUGAGCACACUGAGAUAGCGUUUACGCAUGUUCCCGAGGAUUACGGCACUCUGUGUCACUUCCUAUUGCCAGGGGAGUACAAGGUCAAAGAAGUCAGCGGCGACGCAGCUCUAUUUGAGCUUACAGCCCCGUUGCCUCUAGAAGACUACCGAUUCUAUAUAUGCGCGAGGAAUUCCGCGAAGGAUGAAUUCAUCCACCAGGGCCGCGAGAAGUGGAAGAUCCUUGGCACCCAUAACAAACUGUUACCACUGUGGGUCUCCUUAAUACUCAUUGUGGUCUUGCUGAUGCUGGCUUCGCUGUUCUCCGGUCUGAACCUCGGUCUCAUGGCUCUGGACAGGACGGAACUGAAGAUCAUCGCCAACACCGGCACCGAGAAGGAGAGGAGAUACGCGCGGGCCAUCAUGCCGGUUCGGGCCCACGGCAACUAUCUCCUGUGCACCAUCCUGCUGAGUAACGUGGCUGUGAACAGCACUUUCACUGUCAUCCUGGACGACCUGACGUCUGGACUGGUCGCCGUUAUCGGUUCGACGCUGGCGAUUGUGUUUAUCGCCGAGAUAACGCCGCAGGCGAUAUGCGCUCGACACGGUCUAUUUAUAGGUGCCAAGAGUAUCUGGAUUAUGAAGAUUGUGAUGGGUAUCUGUGCUCCGCUCGCUUGGCCCACUAGCAAACUCCUGGACUACUUCCUCGGCGAGGAGAUUGGCACGCACUACAACAGGGAAAGGCUAAAGGAGCUUGUUAAGAUUACGAACCAUGUCAAUGACUUGGACAAAGAGGAGGUGAACAUCAUCUCCGGGGCCCUGGACCUCCGCAAGAAGACUGUAAGGGAUGUGAUGACUCAGCUCAAGGACUGUUUCAUGCUGCCCAUCGACAGUGUGCUCGACUUCGAGACCAUGUCCGAGAUCGUCAAGUCUGGUUACUCCCGCAUCCCGGUGUACGAGGGCAGCCGCGGCAACAUCGUGACGGUGCUCUUCAUCAAGGACCUGGCCUUCGUGGACCCUGACGACAACACACCGCUGAAGACGCUCUGCCAGUACUACCAAAACCCGUGCAACUUCGUCUUCGAGGACGUCACGCUCGACGUCAUGCUUAAGCAGUUUAAGGAAGGUCACAAAGGUCAUAUGGCGUUCGUCCAGCGCAUUGAAGAAGGCGACGGUGACCCAGUUUACGAGACUGUUGGUCUGGUCACCUUGGAGGAUGUCAUCGAGGAGAUGAUCCAAGCGGAGAUCGUCGACGAGACAGACGUCAUCAGUGACAACCGAACGAAGAAGCGUUUGACGCGUCCGCUGAACAAGUUCCAGGACCUGGCGGCGUUCGCCGGUCACCAGGCUCACCGCGUCCACGUCUCUCCGCAGCUGGUGCUCGCCGCGUUCCAGUUCCUCAACACUAGCGUGGACCCAUUCCGUCCGGAGAUGAUCUCGGAGACCGUGCUCCGCAGACUCCUCAAGCAAGAUGUCAUCCAGCACAUCAAGCUGCGAGGCGACGAAGAGAAGAACGACCCGAAGAGAUACGUCUUCCAAGAGGGCAAGCCGGUGGACUACUUCGUGCUGAUCCUCGAGGGUCGCGUGGAGGUGACGGUGGGCCGCGAGAACCUCGUCUUCGAAGCUGGACCCUUCACGUACUUCGGGGUGCAGGCGUUGACCCAGAACGUGGGACUCGCGGAGUCUCCCGCACCCUCGACCCUGGGCUCUCUCCAGAACCUGAACAUGGACUCGAUGCUGCGUCACACCUUCGUGCCGGACUAUUCGGUGCGAGCGAUCGCGGACCUCUACUACCUCACCAUCAAGCGAUCCCUGUACUUAGCAGCCAAACGUGCCACCCUGAUGGAGAAGGGGGCCCUCAACAAAGGGGGGACCAACGAGCAAAUCGAGCCCGAGGUUGACAAGCUUCUGAGGGAAGGCGACAAAAUGGAAGAAAUCCCUGAAAUAGAGAAGCCACCAAGACAGUUUAUACCGGCGUCUUCCAGUCUCCUAACUAACUCUACAUUCAAAAAGGUAGAAAAAGACCGUAGCAACCCAGAAGAAGAGAAGCUGCUGAAAAAGUAG